AUGGCCACGGUCGGCCGGCGAACGGGACCGUGGCCCGCCCUACUCCUGCUCGUUUGUGGUUGCACUUUGCUGAGGUAAGUUUUUUUCAACAUAAAAGUGGUUACAAGCAAAAACAAUUUUUUGAAAAAAAAAAUCGGUUUCCGAAACGUCAACAAAUUUUACGUUGGAAUAUCUCUCACAAGGACGUGUUGGACGUAGGGUAAACAAAAUUGGAUAGAAGUUUGCUUUAUUUUAGAGGAUAACUUCCUAAUGCGUGGUUUCUAGAUCACGCUUGUCUGAAACCACCCGGGUUUUUUGCCGAAAUUUUUCACUUUUUUCGCGAUUUUUAGUUUACAAAUUUUUGGCUCGAUUAAUAUUCCAACGCACUAUUUUUUUGUAAAAAAUCAGACGUUUUGAAGCACAAAAAAUGAUGGGCAAAACCCGUUUUCCAUCUGUCGCCUCUCCCCAUUUCGCGUGCUCUCUCUCUCACAUGAUUGUUGAAUAUCUGUGGAUGGAAAACGUAAAACUUCCCAAUUAUUCAACUGUCUUUGUCAAAUAAGGCGUAGGGAAGUAGGGAAAGCGGAUCGACUUUCUUUGCCGUCUAUUUGUAAAUGUCGCAAAAAAAAUUUUAUGUACAGUGACAGGGACCUGAUCCAGUGGCAGAAAGCGUACCAUUUUGCAUCCCGGAAGUAUGAAAAUGUAGCAAAAUGCCUCCCUCUCCAAGUGAAAAAACUUCGUUUUGAAGGGCGCGCCCUUUCCCUCACAAAAAGAGCAAACGGGCUUUUAAAGUUUUUUCACUUGAAGAAGGAGGUAUUUUGCCACAUUUUUGAUCCUUCCCGGAUGCAAAAUGGUACGUCUUUUGCCGCUGGCUCAGUUCUUCUAUAGGAUACGUUCAACCACUUCCCGUUCGUGCUUUUAGAUUAUGCCUUGCUCGAGCAAAUAUUCUCCAUCAAAAGUUACAAAAGAAUUCACAUGCUCCUCCAGUGGAACCGGGCCAGCCAUUGAGAGUGAUGAUUGGCAUCUACGUCGAGAGCAUUGGAAAGUUUCAAUCAACAGAAAUGGUAGGAGAUUCACGGUGUUUUGAGUUUGCUGCAUUUGAGUUUUUUACAAUGAUAUGUUCUCUUAUUUCAGUCAUUCGACGCGGAUUUAUACCUCUACAUGAACUGGAAAGAUCCUCAGUUGGCUCACAAUGAAGGCGAAUACAUUUUGAUCAACGACCCGAAGCUCAGGGAGCAUAUUUGGUGAGUCUGCUCGGCUAGCAUAGCACACGUCCUACUAUUUUUUAGGAUGCCAGAUUUGUAUUUUUCCAACUCGCGCUCGGCCAAAUUUCAUGACGUCAUGGUCCCAAAUUUCAGUAUUUUCGUCGCCGAGGAUGGAAAUAUCGCGUAUUCGGGGAGGUAAUUUUUUUUCUAGAUUUUGGGAAUUCUCAUGGUUUUUUGGGAAGAUUAGCAGUAUAGAAAAUCAACCAUUGCAGAUUAACAAUCACUGUCGCGUGCAAUUUGAACCUGGUGAACUACCCGAUGGAUCGGCAAAAAUGCCAAAUCCGGACACUUAGCUGUAAGUACGGCGUGACAAUGUUUUUAGGAUCAAUCUAAUUUUACGACUCUAUUCUUUUAGACGCCUACAUUGCGAAUAAAGUGAACAUCACUUGGUUUUCCAAAGAGCCGAUUCGGAAGAACAGUGCCAUAGGACUGCCAGAGUUCGUUAUAGACGAAAUAAGCCCGUCCUAUUGCGAUGGAACAUAUCGAUAUGCCUUUAUGGAUCAUUCGUAUAAAGAAGGUGAGAAAAAAAAUAAAAAAAGAUAUUAAAAAAUUUAAAAAAUUAAUAUUUUGAGCUGGAAGCCUAUACUUUAUUUUCAGACAGAUUCAGUUGCCUCGAAGUGAAUAUCUACCUCCGUCGUGCCAUCGGAUAUCAUCUGGUGCAAUCAUUUACGCCGACAGCACUGAUCGUCAUCAUAUCUUGGGUGUCCUUUUGGAUUGGUAUGAUUCCCAACCGUUUUCAGCAAAUUAGGCCUAGCUCUAGAUGCAUUUUUUCUUUUCACAAAUUACACCUACAGUGGGGGACCUGAGACAGUGGCAAAAAACGUACCAUUUUGCAUCCGGGAAGGAUCAAAAAUGUGGCAAAAUGCUUCGCUCUCCAAAUGAGAAAAGAAAUCGUUUUGAAGGGCGCGCCAUUUCCCUCACAAAAAGAGCGGGCGCGCUUUUGAAAUCGGAGUUUUUUCACUUGGAGAGGGAAGCAUUUUGCCACAUUUUUGAUACCUUCCGGAUGCAAAAUGGUACGUUUCUUGCCACUGGAUCAGGUCCCCCACUGUAGCCCUAGAUGUUCUUUAGGGAUUGUCCUUUGCAACGCCCGUUAGUCCACAGUCUUUACAACAUGGGCCCUAAACAUGUCAUGAAAGGACUGGGCAGAAAAAGAGAACUAAACUCUUUACAAAAUAUAGUUUAUUUCGAAUCCACGGACUUCAAACCUCGCAUUUUCAGAUCGUCGAGCAGUUCCAGCUCGUGUCACCCUCUCCUUUACCACGUUACUAUCCCUGUCGACUCUCGGAAAUGGUCUCCGGAUCGGACUACCUCAAGUUUCCUAUGCCAAAGCCUUGGAUCUGUGGUUUGGAGGUAAAAUAAUUCUUUAAUUCUAACGAUUUGAAUUAAGCCUGAGUCGUAUUUUACUAAUCCAAAUACAACAUUUAGUCUGCAUGUUCUUCAUUUUCAUGAACCUCCUGGAAUUCGCUUUGGUGAACAGCUACAUGAGACAGGCCGAGAAAUACGAAAAGAUGGCUAGAACUGUGUCCAAACGGAAAGGUGAGAAUCCUACAGUGGGGAACCUGAUCCAGUGGCAAAAAACAUACCAUUUUGCAUCCGGGAGGUAUCAAAAAUGUGGCUUUCCUGACAAAAAAGAGCGGUCAAUUGAUAUUUUUUUAUAAAUCUGUAUACAAAUAUAAAUUUCAAUCCUUUUAGGUUCAUCAAGCGGCAAUAUCCCAACCGAUGACGAAGAAUUCCCUGUAAUGAAGGAGAAUCCAGUAUUCGCUAACCGGAAUGGCGGUCUUCGUGGUCGAGGCCCGGAUUCUUGUAGGUUUUUAUGGGGGGUUUUGAGCCUAACAUCAAGGCAUGGCUCUUGUAGCUGGGGGCUAGCAAAUUGGGUUUCUUAGCAAAAAGAAAACUUGUAUAGUAUACUGAAAAUCAUUGCAAAAUUUUCUAAUCGUAAGUUUCACCGAUUUCGGGCUCCAAAAUUUGGAAUGAAAAUGCCAAGGGUCAGUACGGGAGCCUCCGUAAACUUGGGCACGUCAUAUUUGAUAGGCGAAAAAUGGGGUACCUCAGCUUCAAUUUGAUAUAAAUUUUAUAGAAGUUGGUGCAUUAUUGGCGGAGGAAUACUUGAAAUAAGGAUGGCAGCUUCGGCUGAACCACCAUGUACUUGUAAAAUGGAAAAAAUGAGGGAAACUUUUCAAACUCCAAGUGUUGAUCAGAGUUAAGCCAAUUGUUGAAAAAACAGUAGUCGAGCUUACAGGUUUUGCAAUUUUUGGAGCUUUAGCCGUGUAGUACCAGACGAUUUUCGGCCAUUCUCAAGAGUCAUGUCUUCUUUAAACGUUCAAUUUAUUGAGUUCGUCUAUAAAUAUUUUUACUAGUCCAUGGGGCAUCUUUUUUGUCACAAUAAAUCGUAAUUCUAGCUUCAGUCUACCGGCAAGGAAGUCGAUCGCCCGGCCAGUUCGGCCAUCCUUUGGGCUUUCAAAAUGGCAGCAAUCAUGGGUGCGCUCCGUUUCCGAAGCCCUACUAUUCUCAACAGAACAGCUUCGACAUGGAAAUGAGAGAAGCGUCGAGGUUCAGCAGAACGCCCAAGUCGGACAGUAUCUUCAUGCCGUUGGAUGAGUCGCCAACAACAAGAACAACAUUCCUCAGUGAAGAUGACUUCACAGAGAAUGGAUUUGGAAGUCGGAGGGGGUUCCCGGGAAAUGGUAAGUGGUCUAAAGUUACAGUCACGGACCUGAUCCGGUGGCAAAAAACGUACCAUCUUGCAUCCGGGAAGUAUAAAAAAUAUGGCAAAAUGCUUCCCUCUCCAAGUGAAAAAACUUUUUUUUGAAGGUGUUCUCUCACAAAAAGAGCGGGCGCGCGCGCUUUUGAAAUUGGCACUGCUUUUUUUGAUACUUCUUCCGGGAAGUAUCAAAAAAUCUGGCAAAAUGCCUCCCUCUCCAACUAAAAAAGGGCAGGCUUUUGAAAUCCGAGUUUUUCACUUGGAGAGUGAGGUAUUUUGCCACACUUUUUGAUGCUUCCCGGAUGCAAAAUGGUACGUUUUUUGCCACUGGAUCAGAUCCGCCACUGUACCAAUAUUGGUCACUUUGAAGUGCUGUCAGAUUUCCGUAAAAUAACUUUCUCAUUUCUGCAAGCAAAUUUUUCGCAUUUUGAGGAAAAAUUAUACGUCACAAUACAUAGUCACUGGGUCUGUAAUUUUCAAGCCUGAAAUUGAAAAAAUUGAGAUUUUUUUUACACUUUCCAAUCAAAAAAGGUCGUCGGUUUGUAGAAUUUAUAUACGACGGGAAAUACUUUCCUUUCCACACGGACAUUAUGGUUUUAAAAAGACACAACUUCUUUUUUACCAACUUAUUUUCAGCCUACACUCAGAUGGUGAAGCGAGCGCGGCCUCCAAGUCAACGGCGAGAACCAAUCCGGAACCCAAUCCAGCAGAAUGAGUUCAUCCGCACCGGGUUCGAGUACUCGCGCAAGGGCCUAACCGUCGACAAAUACUCAAGAAUCGCGUUUCCGGUCGCUUUCCUCCUCUUUAACGUUGCGUAUUGGUGGUACUAUCUGUGGUACUUGACUGAGUUCCCUGUUGAAUGA